AUGUCAGAGAGCGACAAGUACGAGGUGCUGGAGAAAAUCGGCCAUGGCUCGUUUGGUGUCAUUCGGAAGGUCCGGCGGAAGGCCGACGGCAUGAUUCUCUGCCGGAAGGAGAUCAGCUACCUGAAGAUGUCCCAGAAGGAGCGCGAGCAGCUCCACGCCGAGUUCCAGAUUCUGUCAAGCCUACGACAUCCCAAUAUCGUCGGCUACUACCACCGCGAACACCUCAAGGCCAGCCAAGACCUACACCUCUACAUGGAAUAUUGCGGCAACGGAGACCUCGGACGCGUCAUCCGGAGUCUGCAAGAAAAGAAUCAGUAUGCCGAGGAGUCUUUUGUCUGGAGCAUCUUCUCUCAGCUGGUCACGGCCUUGUACCGGUGUCAUUACGGAGUCGACCCUCCCGAAGUGGGCAAGAACGUGCUCGGAUUGGGCACGACUGCGAGACCGAAGCCGCCACCAGGGGCCAUGACUAUUCUGCACCGUGACCUGAAACCUGAGAAUGCAGUAUUCCUGGGCGAGGAUAACUCAGUCAAGCUCGGCGACUUCGGCCUCUCCAAGGUGAUGCAGUCUCACGAUUUCGCAUCGACGUACGUAGGCACGCCGUUUUAUAUGUCGCCCGAGAUCUGCGCCGCCGAGAAAUACACGCUCAAGUCCGACAUCUGGUCGCUGGGCUGCAUCAUCUACGAGCUCUGCACGCGGGAGCCGCCCUUCAACGCCAAGACGCACUUUCAGCUGGUUCAGAAGAUCAAGGAGGGAAAGAUCGCGCCGCUUCCGGCCAUCUACUCGGCAGAGCUCUUCGCCGUCAUCAAGGACUGCUUGCGGGUAAAUCCCGACAGGAGGCCCGAUACCGCGAUGCUGCUCAAUCUGCCCGUGGUACGGUUGAUGCGCAAGGAGAAGGAGGUGGUCGACUUCAGCAAGACGCUGAAGGCCAAGGAGGAGGCGCUUAACAGGCGCAUCCGGGAGCUCGACCAGAAGAUGACAGCGAUAGACCAAGACAAGGCAUCGAUGCGCCAAGAGAUCGACGCAUCGCUCCGAAGGGAAUGGGAGGUAAAGGCGCGGCUCGAAAUCGACCGGCUGGUGGCCGCGGAGAUUGAGCAGCUCCAGAGGAAGUUCGAACAGGAGGUCCAGAUGCGCGUCGAGAUGGAGCUCCAGAACAGGAAGGCAACAGCACACAAGGAAGAUGAGGCGCACGAUCUCUCAUCUUCCAUCUCCAAGUCCAGCCACCCGCAAUCCUCAGUCGGGAGCGUCGUCAGCGAGUUCCCCUCAACGACGGACAUUUCAGAAUUCUCGGUGGAGUCUCCGGAUACCUCGAUGCACCCGCUCAAGAAAAGCGCUCGAACUCCCUUCGCCCGAGCACAGACAAUGUUCGCCGUACCCCCCGCGGGUACUCCGAUGGACGUCGAGAUGGCCUCACCAUCACCGAUGACCAUCGCCUCGCUCUCACUCUCGCCCCGGCGCAAUGCGGCCACCAGGCCUCCGACAGUAAACCCCGCCAACAUCUUUAGCGCCAACCAGAUGGCUGGGGACGCUCGGUGGGAAACCGCCCAGGAGCAGAUGGGCUCCGACUCGGAGUCCGACGACGAGAUCAACAUCCCGUCGCCGACGCGGAUGAUCAAGUCUAGCAAGAACCCCUUCACAUCGAAGGCGCGGCCGCAACUGCAUGCGCAGAAGUCCAUGCCUGCCCACCGUCUGCAAUCUAAGCAAUCGCAGGCGCUCCAGGGCAAGACGAUCCCCGUCGCCGCUUCCACCCCGGAUUUGCAGACCGCCAUUAGAGCUAUCGGCAGCAACGGCGCGCUACAGGACCGGAGUAACAGCCCCAACCGCCGCCUGAGCAAGAUCCCGUCAGCCGCCAACCUGAAGAACAACCACACGCCCGGCGACGGAUCCGCCGCGGGGCUGAACCGCAAACCCUCCCUGGGGAAGAACCUAAAAGACGGCAGCGAACACCAGCAGCAGCAACAACAGCCCUCCGGAGCCCCCUCCAACCCGCCCCAACUGCUGAGCAAAGCGGCCGCGCCGGGCAGCAAGAACAACAACAUCCGCGGCCGGACGCUCGUCGAGCUGCAGCAGGCCCGCGCCGGCGGCCGGCCCCUGAGCGCCGUGCUCAGCAGCGGCGACGUCGCCGCCGCCGUCGGCGGGGCAAGCAACUUCACCACCACCAACGCCGCCUGCGUCAGCCCCGUGCGCGCGUUCAGGGAGCACGCCGCGGCGGCGAACCGCGGGGCUACCGCCGCCGUCGCUGCCGCCACCACCGUCCUCUCGGACCCGCCCGCCGUCUGGGACCCCGAGCGCGACGAGAUGCCCAGCCCGUUUCUCGUGCGGCGCAAGCCGGUCAGGACUAACUAG